CACGCUACCUGCUGGUACUCCCCAUCAACUUCAAAAAAAUUACUGUCAGGGUUGGUGUCAGGAAUAUGCUAGUUUCACAGGAGAAACGUUCUACCUUUUUCUGUGAUUUCUUUCUUGGAAGUUUGAACGUGCUCAUGCAGCUGGGAAAGGAGGGGCUUGUGCAGAUGGCCCCCUAUGGUCUGCUGUGGCUUCACCCCGGCUCCUGUGCUGACAGGAGCCCUCUCUUCAGUGCAGGUCCUAAUCUGAAGGAGUGGCUGAGAGAGCAGUUCUGUGACCACCCGCUGGAGCACUGUGAGGACACCAGGCUCCACGAUGCUGCCUACGUGGGGGACCUGCAGACCCUCCGGAGUCUGCUGCAAGAGGAGAGCUACCGCAGCCGCAUCAAUGAGAAGUCUGUCUGGUGCUGUGGCUGGCUCCCCUGCACUCCCUUGCGAAUCGCGGCCACUGCAGGCCAUGGGAACUGUGUGGACUUCCUUAUCCGGAAAGGGGCUGAGGUGGACCUGGUGGAUGUAAAGGGGCAGACCGCCCUCUACGUGGCUGUGGUGAACGGGCACCUGGAGAGUGCCCAGAUCCUUCUGGAAGCUGGUGCAGACCCCAAUGGGAGCCGGCACCAUCGCAGCACGCCUGUGUACCAUGCCUCACGUGUGGGCCGGGCUGACAUCCUGAAGGCUCUCAUCAGGUACGGAGCUGACGUUGAUGUUAAUCACCACCUGACUCCUGAUAUCCGGCCCCCCUUCUCCCGGCGGCUCACUUCCUUGGUGGUGUGCCCCUUGUACAUCAGCGCUGCCUACCACAACCUGCAGUGCUUUCAGCUGCUCCUCCAGGCUGGGGCGAACCCUGACUUCAACUGCAAUGGCCCAGUCAACACACAGGGAUUCUACAGGGGUUCCCCAGGGUGUGUCAUGGAUGCUGUGCUGCGCCAUGGCUGCGAGGCGGCCUUUGUGAGCCUGCUAGUAGAGUUUGGAGCCAACCUGAACCUGGUUAAGUGGGAAUCGUUGGGCCCAGAGUCGAGAGGCAGAAGGAAGGUGGACCCUGAGGCCUUGCAGGUCUUUAAGGAGGCCAGAAGUGUUCCCAGGACCUUGCUGGGUUUGUGCCGGGUGGCGGUGAGGAGAGCUCUUGGCAAAUACCGACUUCAUCUGAUUCCCUCGCUGCCUCUGCCAGACCCUAUAAAGAAAUUUCUACUUUAUGAGUAAAACUCAGGUGUGGUGUUGACAGAUCUGCGGUGGAAAUCAACAUGAGUCUUGCACCCUAUGACCGUAUCCCAUCGGGCUGCUGGUGAAGAAUAGCCUUGUUCUCACGGAUGGUAAUUCUGCCUCAGGUGUUGGGGCCGCCGAGUAGUCUUGGAUCAUUGUCAGCCAGGAGGCUCUGCAAAACUUCGUUUUGUUCUUCCUAAAUAUCUGUUGUGGAUUUUCACAGUUGCAUAUUAUUGAAACGGGCCAUGAGAUGUGUACGUGUGUAGGCUGAGCUUGAGGUCUGCCAGUCCCCAGGAUGGAAGGCGCCUAGCACUUUCCAGAACCGUGCUUCUCUCUGUGCAUCUCCUUCUCAACCUAAUUGCUUAAUUACAGCCUUCUCAUAUCCAAACAAAAAGGGAGUUUUGGUUAAAACAAAGGGCAGAAGUGCAGUUCAUGAACUUCUCCACUCCUAGGGUUCAGUAAGGUGUGCUUGUCCCCACACAUCCCCUCUGUGCCACUGCAGUGGAGGUGUCAUAAUAAUUGUUUCCAUUUAAGGAUGGCUUCCUGGCUGCAUGGACCAUGUUAACUUAGUGCGUGCAUCUGUCAGAGUCUUGCAGCCAUAGCGUAGAGUUCCACAGCAUGGGAGCCCGUUCUGGUACCUUCUGUGCCUCAUGCACAGCACACCAACAGGUGUACUGAGUUUUCUGCCAUUUCACCUUAGAGAGCUUUCAGACAGCAACUGGUUUAGAAGGCCUACACCAAACAAGCCAGUAACCGACUGCCUUUAUUAGACCAAGGUCCGUUCCAGCAGCAUUCACUGCCAGCCUAAUGGGAGAAGAAAACACCGUGGCACUGUCUUCUGUUUCAGUCCAUACUCAUGCCAGAGAGUGAACAGUCCAGCUGGUCUUCUGGUAGUCCUGAGCUCCCAAUUGCUUGGAGUCCAGUGGACAAAACAUCAGUUGGUUGACUGUUCUCACCCAUUUGGGCCUAAAUAUCUUAGCUGCUCCUAGAAUCUCUGAAAGCGGUGCGGUCAGAAGACUUUCUCUGGCCUGCUAGGGGUGGUGGAUGCUCAGACAGGUGAUAGGUUCUCAUCAUGGAUGUCAUCGGCCAGGGCUUGCUGUCACUCAGGGCUGGGCAGCACGGCUGAGGGUCACUGGAGCAGGGCCAGUGGCUGUGACUCCCUCGUGCCCAGGAUGUUGCUGAUUCCACUGAGAUCAUGUUGUGUCUUUGGGAGCCUCUGAGGACCAUCAUGGGGAUGCCAGGUGGUCCUAAACCUCAGAAGCAUUUCAGAAUGAGCAUGUUUAGAUUUGCUGUGUUAAGAGAAAUCGAGCGUGUAAAGAACUAAUGAUACCGUUUUACUUAGUUCUUAACAUCU